AGUAACGCGAGCGGCCUCACCCGACACACCGACAACACGGCGCACAUCACAGGGACGCAACAGGCACGCCACAGGUACAUCUCAGUUUUCAAAAUGGCUGAGAUGGAUAUCGCUUCCUUUUCUUCCGAAGUUAAUUCCUGUUCCAAACUACAGAAGGAACUGGCUACGGAACUACGUGACUUUGCUGAAAACCUCAAGUCUAAACAGAGAAAAGUUGACAUCGCAAAACUCACUUCCUCAAAUGCGGGUCUCGUUGGCGGAGGUCUUGCAAUCGCAGGCUUGGCUCUGGCACCCGUCACUGCAGGGGUCUCAUUGGGCCUGACCAUAGCAGGGGGCGUGGUUGGGGGAGGGGGUGCCGUGUCGGGUAUAUCGUCCAUGAUUGUUAACUAUCGCAUCACCAAGAACGCAGAAAAACAUUUAUCGCAAAAGCUUCAUGAUUAUGCGGAAAUGUCAGAAGAUAUAAACACAAAAUUGAAUAAAUUAAUAAAAACAUUACAAGAACCAGAGAGGAUUAUUCUGCAAGGUCAUAUUGAAAAGAGUAACUUUAUCAACAUGAACACGAAGAAGGAUAUCAUUGGAAUGAUCAGAAACGCUAAUAAAAAGUCACUUCCGCUGGCUCUUGCAGGCAAGGGAAAAACAGUUUUCAAAUCAAUCGACGUCGUCGUUGACUCUGUGAUCAAGGCCGUUAGAAUUAGCAAGGCAACGAAACGUGCUGUUGAUGUUGUAGGGGGAAUUGCAGCUGGUGCCGAGAUGUCUUCCAGAGUUGCUAGUGCCGGAAAGUCUGUAGGAACGGCAGCUGAAGCAGGCACUGAAGUCACUUCCGCUGCUGGGAGGGCUGCCACCGCCGGAAAGGUUGCAGCGUCCGGCGUCAAGGUCGGGGGUGUGGUUCUUGCCGCUGCCGGAGUGGCAGUAGAUCUCGGGUCGAUUAUUUAUUACAGUCGUAAAAUACACAAAAACGAACCCUCAAAGAAUGUUGAGAACAUCUUGAAAGUGGCUGAUUGUCUUGAUGACAAAGAAUAAGGGAAGGAAUUGUCACAAUCCCAUUUCACACAACAGUAAUAUGUAAAUAUGAUUUGAUUUGUUCAAAGUUUAUGUAUAGAAAGAAUCAGCUGUGGGCGGUGGCAAGAUUCAGCCAUAUUUAUGUACGCUUUAUUUGAAUAAACACUAUCCCGUUGGGAAUAUAACACAAAGAAAGAUCCUACUGAUGAGCUUCAUCGCACAACGGUAUUCACAUACCCUAUUCGGUUGACAUAUUCACUCGUAUUUUACUAUUCUAUGGUAUUGCCACUCCUAGGUUAAUGCAUGAGUUAGUGAGUGAGUGAGCGAGUGAUGAUUGGUUUAUAUCAAAAUUCCAGAAACACGUGGAGGACAACAACAAUUGACUUCUACAGUUGUACAUAUCUCGAGAAUUGAAUGCGUGUGGUCGGCGUUUGACGUAUUAAGUAUAAAGACAUUGCAAAAUAGUAUUGAGAAAUGUGUUUCUUAUUUACCAAGAUCUUUAAGCGUUGCUUCGUCAAUAGUUU